UUGACAUACACCGUUGAGCCAGUAUCAACAUUCUUUGGAGAAACACCUCUUUAUUUCAGUGACGAACAGACUGCAACAAAAGUUGAAAUAAUCAAAAUCCACUCGGAAUACGAAUCAGGGGACACUAAGGGCCCAGCGGAACAGCAGUCUGCAAAAACAACGUCAACUGCAGAAACGGAAGGAAACGACGAAAGAACUGAAUGGAAAAACGACAAAGGCGUUUCAAGUUCUGCAUCAACAACGACAAGCAGCACAAAAGCCGGAAAUGUGACUUCGCAGCAUCUAGAAAACGUACCCAACGGGAGAAGCAGUGAGACCGAACAAGAACCGCAGCGCGUCGUGGGCGAGGCAACAUCAGAACACGAACAAAAAGCAUUGCAGCACCAAGCAGAGCAUGCUGCUCGAACAAUUCAGAGAAGCUGGAGGGAAUUCAAAACCAGGGGACAAUCUGACCAAGAAGAAGCAAGUAGCGCUACCGCACCGGAUAACGAAGAUCAGCCAAGCGAUACUGGAGCGGCUGACGCUCAUCUAAAACAUAAUCUUGUCACGGUCAAUCCGGAAGUGAAUUCAGGCAGUCGUUCUGAAGGGAAGAAUGGAAAAGGUAGAGAAACUCCUGAAGAAGCUACGAACGAUUCAGAAACACGGCAUUCUGUAAAAACUAAUAGAUCGGAAAAUGGUGAAAAUCGUCUUGAAGAAACCGGAGAGAUGGAUCGGCUGGGAGAGAAGAUAAGCGCACAGGACAGUGAAAGCGUCGAAUCGUUCAGUCUGAUGGAAGGAUACGCUGGACGGCAUCGGAUUAACAGAAAAAAGUCAGACUCUUUGAAGAAAUCAUCUCAACUACGUGGCAUGUUAGUUGUAGGUGCCGGCUUCAGUAGUCCGAGAAAUGGAAGGUUGCUGAUGCGCGAAGAAGACCCCGCUAGAAAAGUUGAAUUUGAAGUCUUUUAG